GCUUCUCUAGCCGAUUGAUUGAUUAUUGAACCUCAGGAAAAAAAAACACAAGUCGCACUUGAAUUACUGCAUCAUCAUCUUCCCCGUAUAUGCACCGCGACCACCUUAUUAGCAAUCAGGCGGGGGCCAGCAGCAAAUGAGGAAGCGAUAGAAACGGAAAUCCCCGGUAAUUAAGCACGUUUAAUUAGGCGUUAAUCGACAAAUUCUUGGCGGUGCACGCGGGCAUCGGAAAUGACCUUAGACUCGUUGUCAUGAUGACCAGGAAGAAGCGGAGUUUCGACGGGUUUUGCGAUCAUGAUGAGGAUGCGAAGUUGCGCCAUGACGACGACGAGAGUCGAUCCGUCCGCCACAAGCGGCGACGACGACAACGUCGGCGGAGUGAUUCCAUGCAGGGUUUGGGCAACCGGUUGGCCGACCUGAGGACUAUGAUACAAAAAAGCACGCAGCUGGCCCACGACUUGGACGCGGACAUCCGCACUCUCCUGGUUGGACCUAUUCCUGAUGUUGGAAAAACAGGAAAAGAUGAGGGCCAACUCCAUCACCGAGAUAAUGACCAUCCGGAUAAACUGCCUGAGCAAGGGCUGAUUAAGGAGAGUGAGGCUGACGUCGUGCGCCGAAUGAAGUCGGUCGUCAUGUCCCAGCUUUUAACCCUUGUGUCGGGUGGAAAUCGACAAGGGUUUGAAAUGGAAAAUAAAAAGCAGAUUCAGCCUUUACCGGCCGGAUCCUCCAGAAGGGAGUCCCAAGAACCCACGCCACGCUCUUCCGACCCUCCUCCUCCUUUCCUCGCCUUCCGACCCGGUAGUCGGUGUUCCGACAUACCGGGCGCGUACCACGCCGUACCCGUGUANGACAACAACACAACAGAGGUCCACUCUGAAUCGCUUCACGAUUUCUUCUGUGGGCUUCGGAGCCCACGCCACGCUCUUCCGACCCUCCUCCUCCUUUCCUCGCCUUCCGACCCGGUAGUCGGUGUUCCGACAUACCGGGCGCGUACCACGCCGUACCCGUGUACGGUUGUUGUCAACGUGCCCGAGCGUUUGAACAGUGUUGCCGAGUGGCUGGGUGUGCGUCAUCGUCGUCGUAGUCGUCGCGAUAAGCAGCAGACUAAGAAGCAGCAGUUGGCGGCGACCGACGACCAUAAUAAUGCUGAUGAGACGCAGCUGGCGGCGGUCAUCAUGGACGACCAGCUGCAGCAGCAGCAGCAGCGAAACGGGAUGCCAAAUAAUAAUGCCAUGAGACAGGACACCUUAUCCUCUUCCUCUUUCUCAUUUGCCUCAUCGUCGUUGUCCUCGUCCAGCUCCGAAUCCCAGAUGAUGAUGCAGCAGCAGCAGCACCAGAUGCCCUCCCCAUGGCCCUCCAACGUGGUGCCCUUCGAGGUGGACCCCGGGUUCAGCCCCGCCCAGCGCCGCAACAUCCUGUCUGCCCUGGCCCAGUACCACGAGCGCACUUGCGUCCGGUUCCGGCCUCGGGAACCCGGCCGCGACAGGGACUACGUGUUUGUCCGCCGCGUCGCCGGCGACUCGGAGCCCUGCACGUCGAGUCUGGGCUACCUGGGCGGCAUUCACACCGUCACGCUCAACGACAAGUGCGUGGCGCAGCGGGGCACCAUCCUGCACGAACUCAUGCACGUCCUGGGCUUUGACCACGAGCAGAGUCGUCGCGACAGGGACAAGUACGUGCACGUCAACUGGGACAACAUCACGCCCGGAUACGAGCGGAACUUCCUGCAGCGCCAGCACAUGACGGACCUCAACUACGACUACGGCAGCAUCAUGCACUACCCGCCGCACGCCUUCUCUGACGAGCCCACGGUGCCGACGCUGGUGCCCAAGAUGGACUACCCGCUGCGACUCAUUGGCCAGCGACUGCACUUGUCGAGUCUGGACCAGAGCAAGAUCAACCAGAUUUACAGGCACGGUGCAGCUUUAUAA